AUUCGGGCGAGUCUCUCUACACCAGUAGUCACGACGUGUUUCACGCGAUCAGAGCAACAAAGUAAAUCGAUCUACAUCUAUAAAAUGAAUGGCUAUACAAAUAAUUGUAUAUCGAUAUGUGCAAUUUUAUUAAUAGGCGUAUCUUCACCCGCUCCUCAGCAGAACAUUAACGCACAGAAAAACAUUGAGGAAAUAUUUAAUACUAAUAGUAAUCUUUCAGCGCAAAAAGAAUCCGGAAUCGGAUUAGUGAUUACCCCCGAUCCUAUGGAAACUAUAAGUCAACAGUCAAAUUUUACUUCAACUAGUGGCAAAACUGCAACUUGUAAUUGCGUCCCAUAUUAUAAAUGUGAUCCAUCAACAAAGAGUUUCACUGAAGAUGGCUCUUUUGACGGAUUUGGUGUUAUAGAUAUUCGAUUUAACGACGAUGAUCCGAUAUGCCCGGCAUCUGUAGACGUAUGUUGUGAUGCUAAUAGGACGCUUAAUAAGACGUUGAAUCCGACACCCUUGGAUCAAAGGCCAAACCAGCCAAGAGGCUGUGGUGUUCGCAAUACAGGUGGAUUGGAUUUUACUCUUUCCGGAGUAUCGCAAAAUGAAGCGGGUUUUGGCGAGUUUCCAUGGACGGUAGCAUUAUUGCAUUCUGGAAAUUUAAGCUAUUUCUGUGCUGGAUCUCUUAUACAUAAACAGGUGGUUUUGACCGCUGCGCACUGUGUUGAGUCGCUUAGAACAGGAUCGUUUACUGUCCGAGCUGGAGAGUGGGAUACACAAACAAUGAAAGAGCGUCUACCCUAUCAAGAAAGAUCGGUUCAAACUGUUAUAUUGCACCCAGAUUAUAACAGAAGAAGCAUAGCUUAUGAUUUCGCACUUGUAAUUCUAAGUCAGCCGGUUACUUUGGAUGAUCACAUUAAUGUUAUAUGUUUACCUCAACAAGAUGAUAUUCCGCAGCCCGGUAACACAUGUUUUUCCACCGGCUGGGGAAAAGAUGCUUUUGGUUCUUUGGGCAAAUAUAGCUCCUUAAUGAAACGUGUUCCAUUGCCCAUUGUUGAGUUUAACAGUUGUCAGACACGACUUAGAGGCACUCGACUUGGACCAAAGUUUGCAUUGGAUAGGUCAUUCAUAUGCGCGGGUGGACAGCGUGGCAUUGAUACCUGUCAAGGGGAUGGCGGGGCUCCACUAGCUUGUCCUAGGGGAAGUACACGUGAAUCCCGAUAUCAACAGACUGGUAUAGUUGCUUGGGGAAUCGGAUGUAAUGAUGAAGUUCCAGCAGCUUAUGCCAACGUAGCCUUGGUCAGAGGUUGGAUUGACCAGCAAAUGUUAACCAAUGGCUUCGGAACGGCUGUGUACACCGCAUGACUUGCUACUUACAGUUCUGAAUAAUAAAAUUAAAUUGUUCUUCAUUUAAAUACAAUAUUAUAUAAUUAAAGAUAAAAUUAAUUUAACUGUUGAGCUAAUAAGCCUUAUUAUUAGCCUUUUUUUGCAAAAUGGAAGACCAUUUUUAUGGUAGCGAAUUUAAGCGAUUUAAUUUAUUUUUCUUCGAAAAAUUAGGCAGUGAUGCGCUUGGAUAGGUACGAAAACGAGUCUGUGUAUAUUACAAAAUUGAGAUCUCUGGAACUAUAAAGGUAAUACGUUGAGAUAAAGCAUGCAACUUACAGAUGCAUAGACGCGAUGAAAGUUGAGAUACAGAAUGAGUUUAUUUUCAAAUUUACGCCCACACUUUGGUGAAAAGUUUCGAUUUUUAUACCCGUUACUCGUAGAGUAAAAGGGGGUAUUAGAUUCGUUUAAAAGUAUAUAAUAGGCAGAAGGAAGAUUUUUCGACCAUAUAAAGAAUAUAUAUUCUUGAUCUGGCAUUUUUGUCUGUCUUUCCGCCCGUCCGUUAAAACGUCGAGAUCUCAGGAGCUAUAAAAUAAAGAAUGUUGAGAUAACGCAUACAGAUUCUAGGGACAUAUACGCAGCGCAAAUUUCUUGCCCAAUUUGCCACGCCCACUUUUACGCUCUUAUUUUGUAUGAGUUUUGUACAUUUUUAUCAAUUUGCCAAAACAUACACCCAAAACUGCCACGCCCACACUUUUGAAAAUUUUGUUGAUAUAGAAAGCGUUUCCGACCAUAUGGAGUAUAUAUAUUUUUUAUCAGGUCAAUAAAAUAGUCGUUCAGAUCGAUCUGUCUGUCUGUCUAUCCGUCCGUCUGUCUGUCUGUUCCUCCGUAUGAACAUCGAGAUUUCAUGAACCAAGCAAAAUAGAACGUUGAGAUAAAUCAUUUAGCUUACAGAGGCGUCGAAAGUUUGUUCCAAAUAUCUUUUACUUUGCGCACACUUUGCGUUUUUAGUUUAAGUUUUGACAUUAAAAGAUCUUAAUCGUAGAGUAAAAGGGUACACUAGAUUCGUUGAAAAGUAUAUAGCAGGCAGAAGGAAAUGUUUCCGACCAUAUAAAAUAUAUAUAUUCUUGAUCAGGAUCGAUGCGAAACCAUGAAUCUCUAAUUCAGAGCUUGGAGAAAGGGCCAAUCGUUUGAAUGAGGCAUGCCAAAUUUUGCUCAGGAUCAUUUUUUCUUGCACAGAAGCUGAAGAAAUAUCUUAAACUUUGUAAUUACCAACCAAACCAAUAGGAUCGUAAAGGUUUGCGAUUGCGGAUAAAACUGAAUUCCGAGAAAAACUGCAGCAUUAAUCUUGCCAUUCUGAAUCUGGCCAGGAUCAUUUUUUCUUGCACAGAAGCUGAAGAAAUAUCUUAAACUUUAUAAUUACCAACCAAACCAAGAGGAUCGUAAAGGUUUGCGAUUGCGGAUAAAACUGAAUUCUGAGAAAGCCUUGAUGUUGAUUGAAUGGUUGAAAAUGAGAACAACAUCUGAUCAGGCACCGGAUCCCACACCAUGCCUAGCGUUGUUGUAAAAUCAUUCAAAUCAUUUCUCUUCAAACUUUAAGAACGACACCUUAUUCGAAACUCUUUCCAAGACGGCUGGUACAUUUGAACACCACCUUAUUAGCUUAAAAUUGCCUGCUUAUGCUGAUGCUUAUGUGCUUAUGUUUUGAUUAUGUCAAAUCAAAAAUAUAUCAAAUCAUCAAGAUAAUAAUCAUGGUGAAAAAUCUCAGCACCCACUGGAAAUAUAGCCGCCUCAUUCAUAGACAACUAAUGCAUCGACUUCACAGCUACGUAGGAAGCAGGCUUCCUAUCCAGCUUAAGCAUGCAUAAAUCAUCUGGAAGAGAAUCUAUCCACAAAAUGCACUUGGGGUAGCUAUCCUCCAUCGAAACCCUGACACACCAGUAAAACUUACAGAUGUCUCUUGUGAUUGUAACUGAAUGCGAGUGAAAACAAAGAAGAGUCUGGAAUAGUUUUGGCUGAAUCACUGGACCAGCAAUCAUCGUUUAAGAAGUAUCCAGAGGAAGUCGACGCUGAUCCAUCGAAAACGACGCAAAGCUUAGUUGUGGUGCUUUCCUCUUUCACGAUGAGGCCAAAAAUGCCGAGAAGAAUUAAAGGGUUAAGGUUUUAGGUUUUUAGAAAGCACACACAAACUGGCUUUACCUCCAAUAUCCCCUAUACGCAGCUAUUCACCAAAAUAGGGGUUUUCACUUUUUCUUUAAUUGGCUAAGGCACUAGUUGAAUUACCCGUGUACAACCUGUUUUUUUUUUAAUGGAAGGCAAGCGAACGUUGUUUGGAAAUCUGCCUGCUAGGCUAGGCUUCGCUUUCAGGCAUUUACGUGAAGGUCCAAGAACGAAAAGUAACGGGGAUAUGGCCUGAUAUUUUCGAUUCCUCGCAGUUUACAUAGAGGUUCGAUCGACUUUUUGGUCGCAACUGAACAUCUUGGGUGAGCGAGAGGGUAGGUGAGCGACGCAGAGAAACUGACCUUGAUUUUUUUGGAAUGUUUGCGAACAUGUAGAUGAUUUGGGGUGGAUGCUACCCUUUACGCUUUCAAAUAUUAAUUUUACCCUAAACCCACAGCUAAGGUGAAAGUUAGCCCUCAAAGAUCCGCUUAUUUCGUUAAAUGAUGAUCCCAAUUCGUAUGAUCUUGCACUACUCUAAACUCUACUCUACUCUAAAAAUUGUUUAAAAGUGAGGGCUGGACUUUUUUACCGAUAAAAAUUGGCAACACAAACAAAAAAACAAAGAAAAAUCUAAACAUUUUUUAAAAGUGUGGGCGUGGCAGUUUUGGGUGGUUUUAGGGCCUUAGAGUGGGCAUGGCAAGAAGUUUUUUUGCAAAUCGAUAGAAAUUUAGAAAACAAAGAAAAUUAUGAGAAAAUAUUCAAAAAAUUUGAUGUAAGAGUGUGGGUGGCAAAAAGUUGUUUGGCAAAUCGAUAACAAAUUUAAAAGACUAAUAGAAAUAUAUAAAAUAUUUUUAAAAAAUUUUCAAAAUUGUGGGCGUAGCAGUUUUGGGCUGCUUGUGGGCGGUGUACUGGGCGUGGCAAGUUGGGUCAUGCGUCAAUGUCUCUAGAAUCUGUAGUUUUAAUCUUAAGCUUGUAGCUUGUAGCUUGAGAUCAAGACGUUCAUACGUACAGAUGGACAGACCGAAAAUCUGCAAUCUGGAAAAUGAAGUCCGUUUAUACAAAGCUAUACUAAAGCCCGUGUGGACUUAUGGCAGACAGCUUUGGGGUACUGCCAGCAACUCAAACAUUGAGAUUCUACAACGCUACCAAUCAAAAAUAUUAAGACAAAUUGUUAAUGCUCCAUUUUAUACUUCAAAUGCAAGUAUCCACAAAGACUUAGGAAUCCCUGAUGUUAAAGAAGAAAUAGCAAAACAUAUUAGAAAAUAUAUAGACAGACUAAGAACACAUAAUAAUAACUUAUCCUUAAGUUUGGUAAAUAAUAAUAACAACAUCAGAAGACUUAAAAGAUGUCAUGUGCUAGAUCUCCCCGACAGGUUUUAAGUAUUAAAACAUGUUAUGAGU